AUGCCUAUUCUGCUGAAGUCGAAGAACUACCGAGUCUUUGCUUCCAUAUUCAAAAUUGGCAAAGGAGACCGCCGUGCUAUUACCUGGAAAGAAUUCGUGCGGACUAUGAAGGCCCUCGGAUUCGACUACUGCAAAAACUCUGGGUCUAAGAGAGCGUUCAGGCCGGGUGGUUCGGAGUUCCAGCACACCUUCGGGUGGCAUGCGCCUCAUGACGGCGUAUUGUCCGCGCACCUUCAAAACCUUAUGGCCAUCAAAUUGGUCAGAACAUUCGGCUGGACGGCCGCUUCUUUCAAACUGAAGCAGUGA